CGCCAAUCUACUGUACAUAUACCUCACCUCUGUUUCCUAACCUAGUUCCUUACACGAAACAAACCCUCAAAGCAAUACCUCCACCGGCAUCCCAACAAGAACCUUCUUGGUGAUUUGAAUGCUCCGCACCCUCCCCAAAAUGGCCCCCGCCGUCGAACGCAUCACUCUAUUCAAGAUCCCCGACGAGACGGCCCGGGACCGCGUGCUCGAGCAGUACAAGGUGCUUGCGAAGACGGCCGUCAAGGACGGAAAGCCAUACAUCGUCAGCGCGGCCGCGGGCCCGUCGUUCCCCGACCCGCGCAACAAGGGCUACAAUCUGAGCGUCAAGACGACGUUUGCCUCGCUGGAGGAUAUGAAGUACUAUGAUACCGAGUGUGAGGCGCACAAGGCGCUGAAGGCGGUGGUGGGACCCGUGCGGGAGGAUGUCUUGACGACGUACUUCGAGAGUGUUCUAUGAAUGUGAAGGAGAUCAAAGGGACAGGUGAUUUGUGUGAGGUCUUUCUUCUCAACAGGAAAGGGAUGUUUAUCUGAAUAUACUCUACUCAGACACUCGUGUUGUAUGAUUUAAUAUCCAAUUCAUGAAUCAGUUCCAUGCAUGCAUGCUGGAGCA